AUAGCUUAUCUUGCGAGACACACCAAUAAUGCAAAAUCUACGAAGGAAGCACUGAGCCAACAGAAUAACCUUACCCUUCCUGAAAUCAAUUUUUUUUCAUGGUUUCUCCUAUGGAAAGUUCCAAACAUCAGGCUUCUUUUAAACUUUGCCAAGUGUGACGAGAACUGGGAACUUGAAGACGAUCUUAUCUGUUCAGUGUUCGAGAAAACUAUGUCCAGCAAGUUUCCACAGUGGAUAGUACUCUUCCCUGAAGUGAAUAUUUGGUCACAGGAAAAUGCUUAUUUGCAAAAGAUCCAAAGUGAAAAAUACUUUCUACCUAUACUUUCGAAUUUGCUCUAUCCACGAUUUUCAGGUUUUUUUAAUGCUGUUCACGCAAUUAAAUCGGCAUCCACCUACAGAUUCAACGAAUUACUAGACAUUACUAUUGCGUACCAACUGUCUGAAAUACGUGAAGACGACUCAAAGAUAUAUACUCCCACACUUAUGGAAAUUUUUGCAAGUGAAUCACAAAUCACCGUCACAAUUAAUAUCCUGACAAAACCAAUAUCUAGGAUUCCAAUUAAAAGAAUGAAGUUAGAGCGGUAUCUUGAACACGUAUGGAGAAGUAAAGACGAACUUCUCAGUCAACUCCAGGAAAGUACCAAGAAAUCUUCA